AUGUCAGGUGCUGGUACUAAAGGAGAUCUUGAACAAUUUUAUAAUAAUUUGGAUAGGGAACAUGAGGAUUUAACUAAUUAUAUUAAACAUUGUGACAAAAUAAAGUGGGGUAAAAAAGAAAAAGAAGUGAAAGAAAUUUGUACAAAGUUUAUAAGAUAUUUAGAAACAUCUAAAGUGUUAAAUGUUGAAAAACCUAAACACGAUAUUUGCAUUCUUUUGAAUUAUUGGUUAUAUGAUAAAUUAACUAAAAUUUUUGGAGUUGAAAAUAAUUUAGAUAAUAUUAGAGUUGCUUUUGGUAAUUUUCAGCGUAUAUGGAGUAUACAUUAUUACUAUUCAAGCAGGAUUAAUCAUAAUAAGUGUAACCCUAAUUUCGAAACUGAUAAUCACAAAGAUUGGGAAAAUAGAAAAAAAUUGUACGAUUAUUAUGUUGAUUAUAAUGACCUUGAUUAUCUGGCUAAAUUCAAUGAUAAUGAAUGUAAAUAUUAUAGACAAAUUAAAGAUAAAAUAUCACUAUAUGAAUACUUUGAAGAAGAGUGUUCACCAAAAAAAAGCAAUUGUCCAGAUUUCUAUAACCAGUGCCUGCCUUAUAAUCCAAAGAAUGUGUUACAUACACUGAAAUGUUAUAAUCAAAUUCCAGAAGAAAAAUCUCCAGCAUCAGCAUAUUCUGCAAAAGAGAGUUCUUCGCAUAAUCCAACACAAGAGUCACAAUUUAGAGCCGUUGGAAGUGCUUCUCGGCUACAAGAAGAUUCAGCAAAUACUGAAGACACACCCUCAACAUCUCAAUCAUCCGAUAUUAAAACAAAAGUUGCUAAUUCAGUUCUUGGCGCAGCUCCAGUUUUAUUUACUGCCACUAUGUUAUAUAGAUACACACCCUUAGGUCCCUGGAUUCGCAAGCUCCGUGGAAUCAACACAAAUAGUAUGAACGCCAUGGAUGGAUUUUCACCUUAUACACAAGAAACAGGCGAUAUAUUUUCUGACGAAUCAGCCAACUAUAUAUCUUAUCAACCUAUAUAA